AUGGGUGUUAAAGGUCUCAAUCUGUUGAUAAAGGAACAUUCUCCUAAUGCCAUCAAGGAAUUUCAAUUGAAAAAUCUUUUUGGUAGAAAAGUAGCUAUUGAUGCAUCUAUGUGUUUGUAUCAAUAUUUGAUUGCAGUUAGACAACAAGAUGGAUCUAAUUUGACUAAUGAAAAUGGUGAAAUUACUUCUCAUUUAUCAGGGAUGUACUACAGAACACUUAAAUUAGUAGAAAACGGUAUUAAACCUAUGUACGUUUUUGAUGGUAAACCACCAGUAUUGAAAGGUGGAGAGUUAGAGAAGAGAUUACUCAGAAAAGAAGAAGCAGAAAAGAAAAUUGAAGAACUCAAAGACAGUGGUACUGCCGAAGACAUGUUGAAAUAUGAAAAAAGACAAGUUAAAGUGUCUAGAGAACAUAACGAAGAAGCUAAGAAAUUAUUAGAUCUUAUGGGAAUUCCAUAUAUUGAUGCACCAUGUGAAGCUGAAGCUCAAUGUGCUGAAUUAGCUAGAGGUGGUAAAGUUUUCGCUGCUGCAUCUGAAGAUAUGGAUACUUUGUGUUAUUCUCCUCCUUAUCUUUUGAGACACUUAACAUUUUCUGAGGCCAAAAAGAUUCCUAUAGAUCAAAUUGAUUGUAAUUUGGCUAUUGAAGGUCUUGAAAUGGAUAAAAAGACAUUUAUUGAUUUAUGUAUUUUAUUGGGAUGUGAUUAUUGUGAAACUAUCAAAGGUGUUGGUCCAGUUACUGCUCUCAAAUUGAUCAAAGAACAUGGAUCUAUUGAAAAUAUUGUCGAGUUCAUAAAGGAAAAUAGUGAAAGCACCAAAUACAAAUUACCUGAAGUUUGGCCAUACGCGGAAGCUAGAGAAUUAUUCAUGAACCCUGAUGUGAUCCCAGCAAAAGAUGUUUCAUUCAAAUGGAAAGAACCAGAUUUGAAAGGUUUAAUUCAAUUUAUGGUAACUGAAAAAGGAUUUAGUGAAGAAAGAAUUAAGAGUGGUGUUGAAAAAUUGAAAAAAGGGUUGAAAAGUGGUGUUCAAGGUAGAUUGGAUGGAUUUUUCAAAGUAGUUCCUAAAGCUAAAACCGAAGACGAUAAGAAGAGGAAAGGUAAAGACGCUAAAGGUCUGAAAAAGAAAGCAAAGAAGUAA